GGCCUUCCUGCGCAGGUCAGGGCAGAGCCGCCGGCCUGAGAAUGAGGGCGCUGCUGAGCCCAGGGGUUGACAGCGCUGGUUCUUGCUGUGGUCCCGGAGCUCCACCUGAAACCGGAGGGAAGCCCUCUGCCCCUGCUGCUGGAACACCUGGAGCUCCUCGUUUCCCGGUACGUACCAUCCCUCCGGAUGACGGCGGACAAGCAGCAGGCGCAGUCCCCAGCCGGCAUGAUCAGCGAGGUGGAGGUGCUCAGGGCGCUGAAGUUUCUAUUUGAGCACCACAAGGCCCUGGACGAGAAGUUGAGACAGCAGGCCCGCGUGCCAGCCACCGUGGCCCAGGCCUUCGAGAGAGACGAAGGCGUGUCUGAUGGCGAGGGCGACGGGGUCACCCUCCUCAGCUCGGCUGCUCAGCUGCCGCCCAGCGGGCAGAUGCUUCAGGAGCAGCUGGACACCAUCAAUGAAGAGAUCCGGUGGAUCCAAGAAGAGGAGGAGAGCACGGAGCAGCGGGCCGAGGAGACUGAGAGCGGAGUGGGCAAGGCGAGCUCAGGCAGCCUUCGUCGCUUUAAAUCAGUGAGCUCCCUCGACCUGUAUUCGGCCUCCUCGCUUGCCAGCUCCUGCCCGCCCAGCAGAGUGCCCGCCACGCCCCGAAUGAGGCGUCGAAGGCCAGCGCGGAACAUAGACCGGCUGGGCACCAUGCCUCUGCUGCCAGCUCUACGGGAGGAGGUGCAAAAUGACAAGAACACCAUCAAAUCUGAAACCUCGAGCCCUGCCUCGCCUGAGUCCGUUCGGCUGGAGCAGCUGCACACAGGGACGCUUCGUGCGGCCAGCCCCGAGGACAUCAGGGACGCCCGCAACUCGACGGACUCUCAGGACGGCCCCGGGGGCAACCCCAGCAGCAGCAGAAGCCAGGAUUCCAUGGACAAAGCGCCAAAGAAGAAGGGCAUCAGGUGCUCCAUCGGCCGCUUGUUUGGCAAGAAGGGAAGGGGCCGGCCUGGACACCCCGGCACUAGGCAGAGAGUUCAGAGUCCACUGGAGAGGUGGCCGAGCACGAUCAGCACAGACAGGCCUGAGAUGGAGUCCAGGCCUUAUGAAUUCCUUCUUCAGUUGUAACGAGGAAAACACACGAUGAGGGACAACAGUGCCGACAGAAACAAGCAGGGAUGCGUUCACCCACAUAAAGAAAACAUCUGUGCCAUUCGGAAGAGGAGCCCGUCAGCCCUUGGAGGGACAGUUGGAACCGGAAUGAAAACCGAGGCCAUGGUCAGCAGUGCCCACACACACGGCCCAUGUGGCGUGGUGUCACUCACCGGGCUUCCUGCGUCCCCAGAGCUGCUGGCGGUAACAUCUCUGAGCGCUAGGCUGGGCAGCGUCCCCGAGUGAGCUAAGGCAUCACUGCUGUCCUUCCAGUGCUGCUGCGGGGCCCUCUGUGGGCGGCCACCCUCAUCCCCUGCCCCACUGCCCGCUGGGGCCCGACUGUCCCCCUGGGAUCCUUUCAGCCCUUGAGCUUGGGUGUUCCCAGCCCUCCACCACACCAGACUGGGACGUAACUCAGGACUUGGGCUUGAGAUAUCAAGGCGACUGAAUCUGGAAGGACACAGUCCUGGGGCCCUUGAGAGAGCAGGAGAGCAGAGCCCCCACGGGGAGGAAGCAGAGUCGGGGAACGUGCCCACAGCCACGGCUGCCUCCUGCACAAGUGCCCCUUCGCCUCUCCUUGACCUGAAACAGACCCCAGCUGCUGCUGCUCCGCAGGUGCUUCCUGUAGAUGCACCUCCUGCAAGAGCUAUUGUCCUGCGGCUCUGGGGCUGCCUGAGUGUGCUCAGGAGCAUCAGACAAGUGGAGC